CUUGCUGGCUCUCUCUUUCUCCCUCUCAGUCUCACUCUCUCUCUUUCUCUCCCUCUCCUAUCGGAGCACAAUGAAAGCCUGUGUAUCGCCGUGACUCCGGGCGGGAGCCAGUGUCAGCAAAGCGGCGAACAACAGACCCGAGAAAGAGAAAGGAAAAUACAAGCUACUUUUUUUUUUUUUUCAUCUAUAAAGCGGAGCAAUACAAGAGAUAGAACCACAUUGCUUAUUGCGAGUCCAGACCCUCAGAUCCUCUGGCCGGGGAUGGAAUGUACAAAAGUGGACAGAAAAGUGGCUGGACAUGACUCGGUGCAAUUUGCUGGAAGUUUGUAAGUUUGACCAUCGUUUGUAAAUUACUCUCUGAAGAGUUUGUCUCUCUUGAUACUGUAUUAGAAUAGAGCCGGGGGUGAGCAAUAGAAACGUAAGCGGGCAAGAAAAAAUGUGUUGAAGGAUCUCUCUCAGUGGCAAGCGACUUCAGAUUGCUUUCAUUUCAGGUUAGGAAACCUUAGAGGGAAUGAGGAUUUUACCGGUGAUUGGAUUAGCUGAAGAAAAAAGCAUGGUCCUAAAGUCCAGCCACUGACAUUGUUAACAAUUGAAAAGCCAUCUCCCUCCUUGGGGAGAAGACAAUAUCCUACAGAACCCCAAAGGGGAGAAAACACGGAGCGAAGGGAAAGGGAGGAAAAAUUAAAAUACAAGACAGUCUCCCUUGAUUUUUGCACAUUUCCAUCGUUGACUUCAAAAACCUGAGACAGCCCUGGUUUAUUUUUUGUUUUUGUUUUAUGGGUUUUUUUGGGUUUUGUUUUGUUUUUUAAACGUGAGAAAAAGUAAAGGCUGCCGGCUCCCUAGACCAUGGUAAAUGUGUGUUGCUCUGGAGAAACAGCCCCAUAAAGAAUCUUCUGAAACAACUAGGUGAGGGGGAGCCCAGCUCUCUUGUUCACACUUCCCUCAGUUCCUUUUCCUGUGCGUUUCUGUCUCUCCCUUGACAAUCUCCGAAUUCCUGAUCUAACCCCCCAGAGCGUGUGUUGACAAAGUACCUAGUGGCUCUUGUCAGUUUGUUGGGGGGGAAAAAUCCACCAACUCUAUCCAACUUCUCCAGAGCUGUCAAAUGCAAUUAGAUUAAGUUGAUCAGGGUUUGUUUCCAACUUAUCCUUUCCGAUUGGUUUCUUUCUUUCUCCCCACCCUCUUUUUACUAACUCCCCUCCCCCAUACCUUUUCCACUGCUCCGCCCCCCCAACCUCUGAAGACCUCUAUUCAUGUGGCCCUGAACACUGAGCUCACAUUUUCAAAAACAGACUUGCCUGCAACACUCAGCAGUAGCUCUUUCCACCUCCCCAUCCCAGAGGCAGCAAACGUUGUGUCCAGUAAGAUGGGGGACACAGCGCCCCCGCAGGCCCCCGCAGGAGGGCUAGGGGGGGCCUCUGGGGCGGGGCUCCUUGGAGGGGGCUCAGUCACCCCGAGAGUGCACAGUGCUAUCGUGGAGCGCCUCCGGGCUCGAAUCGCCGUCUGCCGCCAGCACCACCUGAGCUGCGAAGGACGCUAUGAACGGGGUAGAGCUGAAAGCUCAGACCGGGAAAGAGAGAGCACCUUGCAGCUCCUGAGCCUAGUACAGCAUGGCCAAGGGGCGAGGAAGGCUGGCAAACACACCAAGGCCACUGCCACUGCUGCCACCGCUACAGCGCCUCCGCCGCCCCCUCCUGCUCCUCCUACGGCCUCCCAAAGCGCAGUAGCAACAGCCCCACCGCCCCCACCAGACUAUCACCAUCACCACCAGCAGCACCUGCUGAACAGCAGCAAUAAUGGUGUAGGUGGCGGGGUAAAUGGAGAUCAGCAGCCGCCAGCUUCGACUCCGGGGGACCAGAGGAACUCAGCCCUGAUUGCGCUCCAGGGUUCCUUGAAAAGAAAGCAAGUAGUUAGCCUGUCUCCCGCCAACAGCAAGAGACCCAAUGGCUUUGCAGAUAACUCAUUCCUGGAUAUCAAAAGAAUUCGUGUUGAGGAGAAUCUCUCUGCAGGACAAGGUGGCCUCCAAAUAAACAAUGGACAAAAUCAAAUUAUGUCGGGAGCCUUGCCUAUGAACCAAGCACCCCUAAGAAAGACAAACACUCUGCCACCCCAUACCCAUUCUCCUGGCAAUAGUAUGUUUAACAUGGGCCUAAAGGAAGUGAAGAAGGAGCCAGGAGAGACUCUGUCUUGCAGUAAGCACAUGGAUACCCAAAUGAUCCAGGAGAAUAUUUUUUCUAAUAGGUAUGGAGAUGAUCCUGGAGAGCAACUGAUGGAUCCUGAGCUACAGGAGCUGUUCAAUGAAUUGACCAACAUUUCUGUGCCUCCCAUGAGUGACCUUGAGCUUGAGAACAUGAUCAAUGCCACCAUAAAGCAGGAUGACCCAUUCAACAUUGACUUGGGCCAACAAAACCAGAGGAGCACUCCCAGACCCUCCCUGCCCAUGGAGAAGAUAGUGAUCAAGAGUGAAUACUCACCGGGCCUCACUCAGGGUCCCUCAAGCUCUCCUCAAUUGAGGCCCCCAUCAGCUGGACCCACAUUUUCCAUGACUAACUCUGCUCUCUCUACUUCAUCCCCAAUCCCUUCAGUCCCUCAGAGCCAAGCUCAGCCUCAGACAGCCUCGGGGACUGGCCGGACCCUGCCAAGCUGGCAAGAAGUGUCCCAUGCCCAGCAGCUUAAGCAGAUAGCUGCCAAUCGGCAGCAGCAUGCCCGGAUGCAGCAGCACCAGCAGCAACACCAGCCUGCCAACUGGCCAGCCUUGCCCUCUUCUGCUGGACCAUCCCCAGGUCCAUUUGGGCAGGAGAAAAUCCCCAGUCCUUCUUUUGGUCAGCAGCCAUUCAGCCCACAGAGCUCCCCCAUGCCUGGAGUAGCUGGCAGUAGCAGCCAAUCAAAAGUUAUGGCUAACUACAUAUAUAAGACCAGCCCCUCGGCCCAGAGUGGACACCUAGAUGUCCUCAUGCAGCAAAAGCCUCAGGAUCUCAGCCGAAGCUUUAUUAACAGCCCGCACCCAGCCAUGGAGCCCCGCCAUGGCAACACCAAGCCUUUGUUCCAUUUUAACUCUGAUCAAGCAAACCAGCAGAUGCCUUCUGUGUUGCCUUCCCAGAACAAGCCUUCUCUCCUACACUACACACAACAGCAGCAGCAGCAGCCCCAGAGCUCAAUUUCAGCUCAACAACAGCAGCAGCAACACCAACAGCAGCAGAGCUCCAUUUCUGCUCAACAACAGCAGCAGCAACAGCAGCAACAGCAGCAGCAGCAGCAGCAGCAACAGCAACAGCAACAACGACAGCAGCAGCAGCAGCAGCAGCAACAGCAACAGCCACCAUCCCAAUCUAGCCAACCUUUAUCAAGCCAGCCUUUGCUAAGGUCACCCUUGCCAAUCCAGCAAAAGAUCCUGCUUCAAAAAAUGCAGAAUCAGUCCAUCACAGGACUGGGAUAUCAAGUCUCCCAACAACAUAGACAGGAUCAACACUCUGUGGUAGGCCAGAACCCAGGCCCCAGUCCAAGUCCCAACUCCUGCUCAAAUCCAAACACUGGAAGUGGUUACAUGAACUCUCAGCAAUCACUGUUGAAUCAGCAAUUGAUGGGAAAGAAACAGACUCUCCAGAGGCAGAUCAUGGAGCAGAAACAGCAGCUUCUUCUCCAGCAGCAGAUGCUGGCCGAUGCGGAGAAGAUUAUUCCACAAGAUCAGAUAAACCGACAUUUGACAAGGCCACCUCCAGAUUAUAAAGACCAAAGAAGAAGUGUGGGCAGCAUACAACCAAGUACUCAGUAUUCUGGUGGCUCAUCGACAGUGAGUUUAAACUCUAACCAGGCUUUGGCAAACCCAGUUUCCACACACACCAUUUUAACUCCAAAUUCCAGCCUCAUGUCUACUUCCCAUGGGACAAGGAUGCCAUCAUUGUCCACAACAGUUCAGAACCUAGGGAUGUAUGGAAAUCUGCCUUGUAAUCAACCUGGCACCUACAGUGUCACUUCAGGAAUAAAUCAACUGACCCAACAAAGAAACCCAAACCAACUGAUAGCAAAUCAAAACAACCCUCUGAUGCCACGGCCACCCACCUUAGGGCCAAGUAAUAACAGCAACGUGGCCAAUUUUGGAGCUGGAUCUGUUGGCAAUUCACAAUUGAGACCGAAUUUAAUCCAUAGUAUGGCAAGCAUGCCAGCACAGAGAACAUCGAAUGUGAUGAUUACAACCAAUACAACAGCACCAAACUGGGCCUCUCAAGAAGCAACUACCAAACAGCAGGAAGUGCUGAAGUCCACAGCAGUCCGCUUCUCUACAGCCACGCCCACAGCCUAUACCCCAAACCAGUCAUUGCAGCAGGCAGUAGGUAGCCAACAGUUUUCCCAGAGGACAGUGGCUCCUCCCAACCAGCUAACACCAGCAGUGCAGAUGAGACCUAUGAACCAGAUGAACCAAACAUUGAAUGGACAAACUAUGGGUCCACUCAGGGGUCUGAGUCUCAGACCUAAUCAGCUAAGCACACCGAUUUUGCCUAAUCUGAACCAGUCUGGAACAGGGUUGAAUCAGUCUAGGACAAACAUAAGCCAGCCGCCAUCCCUGACAGCCAGUAAUUUUCCUUCACCCAACCAAAGCACUAGGGCUUUUCAAGGAACUGACCAUGGCAGUGACUUAGCUUUCGACUUCCUCAAUCAACAGACUGACAACAUGGGCCCUGCCCUAAACAGUGAUGCUGACUUCAUUGAUUCUCUGUUGAAGACAGAGCCAGGUAAUGAUGACUGGAUGAAAGACAUCAAUCUAGAUGAGAUCUUGGGGAACAACUCCUGAAGGAGAAAGGGGAGACAAGUUGUAAACUCCUAGCACCUAAAGGCAGUAUUUUCACAAGGACCCUGUAAAGGCCAAACUAUGGACGUUCAGCUGGGCUACAUGGUGAUAUCAUGGCUAGAAAGGGGAGGUCGGAAAGUGACUGCAGUGAUGAACAUUUUGGUCCAGAUUCUUGUUUGAAAUAUCAAACCUGAAAGUAAAACAUUGGGAUCACUUUUCCCUGUCUACACUCUGGGACAUAGUAUCCAAUUUGUCCAAACAGAACUGUGAUGUUGAUAUAUAACUAAUGGUGUAAAACAGCUUCCCACACUCCCUUUUCUCUCUGAAAGAAAAGUAAGAGAAUUCGUAGAUUGUUUAAGACCCAUGUCAUGAGGAGGUCCUAGUUCCAAGCAACAGCAAAAAAUUCUUUCAUUUGCUCCAAAAGAUAUAUGUGGCGGAAUCUGUCCACUGUCUUUUCAGUUAAUUUCUCUGAAGGUUUUAGGAUAGAAUGAAACGGGAUAGGUUUGUUCUGAGAAAUCAAACAACAUUCUAAAUUAGAGAACCUAGAAAUCAUCACAUGGAUUAUAGAAUUUCAGCCUUAGAGUGACCCCUCACUUUUGCAGUUUCCCCACAUCUCUUAUAUUUCAGUGGGAUACUGUGUCUAGCAAACGUAGAACCGUACAACUUGAUUUGGGUUUCUACAACUAAUUUUUGCAUACAUUCUGUACCAAAUUUUAAUUACAACCAAGACUUGCCCUAAUCUUACAGAAAUACUGAUACACACCUGUCUGCCUCAGAAUGCCCUUAAAAAAAAAUUGUACUUUGCUAUUAAGAUUUAUUUGACCAGAAAUAACCUAGGGUAUUGGUUAUUGUGAUUGAUAUUUGCUGGUUUGUUCCCAAGCUGAGUGAAAUUGAGCCUUAUCCUCCCUGCUUAUUCUGAUGACCAGACAUUGCUUUGUAAGAAAAGGGCAUUCAGAGGCCCAAACUGAGAUUAGAAGGUAUCCUGUUUUAGUUGGAGGUAGGAAGCAGGCGUGGCAUGUUUGAAUGGGUACAAACCUACUUCAUGGGAUUUGGAGAAAAGUACAAUGAGAGAGAGAACAAUCCAUUCUUCUUGGGACAUAUUAUUUGGAUGGGAGUGAACAACUCAAUUGAAUGGGUCCAUUUGUAGCCAUCUGUCCAUUUUUCUGUCCCUGAUGUGAUGAAUCAUUGCCAUAUGUUGGACUCUUCAUCUCCUGGUUUUCUCUCUCAGGGCUGAGCGUCAUAUCAAAGAAAGAGUUUUUGCUGAGUCAUUUAACUUCAGUGCCCACAUCCAGAUCAGCUGUCAAGUGGGGAAGAUGGGUGCUGAUUUGGGAUGGCUGCAGAAUAUUGCUAUCAUUUUCCUAAUUACAGAAGGGCAAAGAGUAUCUUGUGUUCUGCUAAGUUAUAUACUCGUAUAUUCAAAUAUCAAAGGUAAUUUAACUAAAGGCACUUAAUAAACAGAGGUUUAAAUAUCUGUUCAAAAGAGGACACCUUUGAAAAGUUCUGCAAAGCCCUCUCCCAAUCUUGAAAAUGUCUAGAAGCACUCUCUUUUUUACACAACACCAACAUCACUGGCCCAGCAACUUCUCUGUGCUAGGUUGUAAAUAUAAAUACAUGACUUGUUUUGUAAACUUUUUGUAAAAAAUAUUUUAGUAGAAAUACUUAAAACAUAUUCUUUGGGUUAUAUUUAUACAUAUGUGAAAUAAAUAUACUAUCAAAAGGUUAUAUUUUAUACAAAAAGUAAAUUGUUACCUUUUGUAUGCUACUAUACAAAUUUUGUAUAAUAUGAUGGUUUAUUUUUAGCUCUACACUUAAACCAUAGGUGGUCAAGUGGGAACUUUUGAAAACUAUCAAGAGGCUUGUUAGGCAAAUUUAUAUUCUGAAACCUUAAUAAGCCAAACAUUCCAGGUUUCAAUCCUUUCCUUUUUUUUUUUUUCUUUCUGCUACCGAAUUCUUUUUUAAAUCUUUAGUUUUUGUGUCUUAUUUGAUUAUUCUGCUGUGCACAUUGUAUUGGUCCUUGUUGCAUGUGUUCUACUGUGUGUUUUCCCAUUUUAUAAAACAGUGUUUAUCCAUACAAAAAGAAAGGAAAACAUGAUGUAUAUAGAAACACUUUUAUUUUAUGGCUCCUCCAUGUUAUUGUAUAUAUUUGCCAGCACUUCUCGGCUACACUCCUGUGAUUCAGCUUAUUUUUACUUAACAUAAAUAGUAUGUUUGUAGUAACUAUCAAAUUUAAGAGAUAAAGCAAUCAGAAUGUUUGGAUUUUCUUCUCUCUUAAUGUGAAUUUCAUAAUUAAUGUCUAUUUAUUCAGCUCUUCAUUAAAAUACAGGAUUCUUUGGAAAAAAUGGUGUAGUCUAUAGUUUGUUUGUUGGCAUCCUGUUACCAAAGAUGAUGUAAUUUUCCUGAAAGCUGAGAUAAUGACAAUUUGAUAGACAUAUUUAGCCAAAACUUGAGGAUUUACAACAUAAGAGUUAUUGGAACACAAGCUCUCGUUUAUAGGAAUGCCAGACUAUUUAAUGGUUGGCACCGUUUGUCAUCCUGACAACAUUAUACAGGAGGGAAAAGUAAUUUUUCUUUUUUUUUUUUAAAUUUAAAGACUUCAAAGUGAUUUAAGCAAAUAAUUUAUCCCUGGCUUUGUGUUAAACCCAAUGAAAAUAAAUGCUCUAAGUGAAUGCACUAAUAUUACCUACAUUACUGUAAUUGUACCCAUAACUGUAAAGAUUUCAACUUGUAAAACAAGCAUUUUGUAUCAUGUGUACUUC